AUGGCUACCUCCACCCAGCUCUUCAUCCCUUUCACGCCCAGCCCACCUAGCUCUGCUGGAGGAUUAACACCUCUCAGGAUGUCAGAUCCCAAAGAGCGGUUCUUCCGACAUUUCCAGGCCGAAGUCACAAUUAUACAAGACCAGAUCGACAACCUGGCAACUAUGUCGCCCGUUGGCGGCGAGCGACGAGAUGGCACAGACACAGUCUUGUGCAGCGUCUCUCGGCUGUCGAAAGAAGUGAUGGACGCCUCGGACUACAUCCCAUCCCACGACCAGCGGGCAUACUCACAGGCAAUCAAGGCUCUCACGGACAGGCUGAACGAGAUGUCGGCCAAAUUUGCGCCAAAGUCACGAUUCCAGUUCAAGCCCCGAGCUGCCAAAUCGGCAACGACAUCUCCCACAACACCCGUCCGUGACUCGUGCCUUCGCUUCGCCCAAUCGGCAACAACAUCUCCCACAUCCGUCCGGGACGCGCGAGUUCGCUUCUCAUUACCAGACGACGAUAGCAAUAAGCCUGAUCAAUCGAGCGCCUCGGCCACCGAAACAGAGACACGCGAUGCCAUAGGGACCCUGCCCUCGUUCUCCAAGAACUACAACGAGGAACUGGCGCGCCCCAACCAGCACGUGGGCAUUCGCAAGCCCAGUUUCUCGACGGCGAAGAACAUCUCCAUAUUGGACCAGACGGGGCUGCACAUCAUGUUACCUGCUACGGCCUCGAGAGCGACGUCCUCGGGUAGUCUGACCAACCUGACCCGCUGUAUCGUAGACAUGACGAUACCGACCAGUGGUGGGGCCCCGUUUGCUGGGUUGGCGUUGAAGGACAUAAAGAAGAGCUUGAUCAUCGCAGGGCAUGUUGCCGGACCAGCACACAUUACCGGGCUUGAAGACAGCAUCGUUCUAGUGGCUGCGCGGCAGGUUCGCAUGCACGAGUGCAAGAACGUGGAUGUGUAUCUGCACUGCUCUAGCCAUCCCAUCAUCGAGGACUGCUCCGGCAUGCGUUUCGCACAACUGCCUGAACCCUAUGCGACCAACGCGAAGACGACGGAAAAGAACCAAUGGAACCAAGUCGACGACUUCAAGUGGCUGAAGAGCGAGCCGUCACCGAACUGGAGUGUGAUGCCGGAAGGGAAGCAGAUUCCGGAACAUGCGUGGAAGAUCAUCGUCUCUGGAGACCCGAGGCUCAGUACGGGUGACAUACUGCGAAAAGCCGGCGUCCUGGGCGCGUGA